GCGUGACCAGCUCGAUCACCUCAAAAAUUGCGCCGUCGCUGAACACGAUCGUCGAAAACUUCCGGCACCACGUCGACCAUUCCACUUAUGGGACAGCUGAGGGCCAGCUAAUCGCAGAAUCGACAGAAACGAAUAGUUCCUGCGGAAACGAUAUUGGCAAAGAAGUUGCCGAGGAGAUAGGCCACGACACGAGUGUCGUCGUCAUAUCACUACCCUAUACCCCAUCAUCACUCUCCGCAAAUGGGGGAAUGUUUUUGAUGUGCCACAGGAAACGCCAUCCAAGAUGGGUCGCCAUUGACAAGUUGAAACGAAAGAAUACCGAAUGGAUAGCCGCCCAACUCCUGGCCGACCAGCUGGAAACGAGCGAAAACGGCGGUUUUUACUGGCGCGUGAGAAAAGGGAUCGCUCAGAUGUGCAUCGAGUUGACGCCGAAUGCCGUCUGGAUGGAUCAUGCACUCGCGAGUAAAGAUGCUUGGUAUGUGGCAGGGGAUACGGUUGCUGUGAAAAUGGAGCUACCCGAGGAGGGGUAUCAUCACGAGAUGCCCUGUGAAUGGCCAAUCAGAAGUCUCUCCGCGACACGUGACGCCGUCUGGGCGAUACGCGAUGAUACGGGCGAGAUGGUGGUGCGUGUCGGGAUGAAUAACUGUAGAACAGGCACCGAUUGGGUCUCACUCGACAUCGAGAUCCCUGGGAAACUCGUGGCGGUAAAACUGGUGGAGACCGUGGGGUUCUUAUUGAACGAAUUUGGAAAUCUUUGGAUGGUAAAAGGAGUCGACGGCUUUCACCCCUACGGUAAUGGGGACAGCUUCAUGUCGGUGUGCACACCAAUAGCUGGCAGAAAGGGGUUGCCUCAUCCGACACAAUGGAGAAUGACCGCUUCGACACGCGGAUUAUUUAUCACGGCCGGAAGGAUGUUGUUCGCGUCGCGGGUUGCUGUUUCGGGGCAUCGAUUCCCGCACGUGAUCCCACAAAAAUUGCGACAUUACGAUAAAUUUACAAUGCUGGCCGCCGGGGCGUUGGUGGAUGAUAGUUCGACACACGGUGUUUUUGCCUGCCGCCCCAACAGCGAGCUGUUCGGCUUUCGGCCGGCCCUUCAGACCUUCGCAACGACGACGCUGCCGCUGGCAAAUGGCCAGACGAGUACGGUAACGUCCGUAGCGGCGAUCCCGGAGCGGCUUAUAGCUCUCGAUAGCUGCGGGGCAUUGUCGGAGCGCCGGCUAAAGGGCAGCGAUUUGGAGUGGAAAACGGUUGACACUAAUGGCGGUACGCUUCUUUCGGCGGCAGUUUGCGAGCAUGGCCUUUGGGCGGUGACGUCGGCAAAUGAAGUGGUCUACAUGGGAAACGGCGAUACACAAUGGCAUCUGGUGGAAAGUCCACACAAGGCCACAUUACACGAGAUUCGUUGCUCGCGUGAUGGUCGUUAUGUGUGGGUGCUGAGCGCCUCGGAAAAGAGGGUAUGGGCGCGGAGUGCUGUGGCCGAGCUGACGCCGAUGGGGAUAAAAUGGGUUGAGGCUUCUUCCGAGCCACACCUUCUCGAGCUAGCCGUCGGCUGCAAUGUCGUCUGGGGGUUGGCCAAUGAUGGCACAUUGUAUCGGCUCCGCGGGUUGGCGGCGAACAACCCGGCUGGAAACUAUUGGCGGGCGCUGCCGAUGAGGCUACGGGCAAUCUCGGUGGACGCGUCGAAUGGGUUGUGGGGUGUCGAUGAGCAGGGAUCUCUCGUCCGGCACGUGACCGAAUGCGCCUGCCGCAGUUUGCCGACGCGCCACACCGGUUGGAUCUCGGCCUGGCAUUCCGGCUUCGAAUUCAUU